AUGUUUGCCAAUAGAACUCUGGAGUAUAGAAGAAUGGCGAGGAUAAGUAGCUUGAAAUUUGCUCCAAUAUCAAUGACAGGCAUACGAAAGUCCUUGAGUGACACCAGAGAAAGCAUUUCGAAACUUGGAAUUUUGCAAGAGAAGCACGGCCUGCCGUCAUUUACAACCAGAAUAAAAAGGCGAAAGGAAAUUGACGAUCUGAAAAGAACCAUAGUAGAAAGUAUAGCAUGUAUUGAAAGAAAGAUAGAGGACCUGAAUGGAUGUACAAAUUCGAAAUGUCUUUCUGGAAACAUAGGAGAGUAUUUUUCAGCACAGUUGAGGGCAAUAAUAUAUGAUUACAGAAGUAUACAGCAAGAGUUCUUGAAGAAUAUAGAUCUGCAUGAAGAGCUUGAGCAUGAAGAAAACGAAAACAUAGAUGAAAAGAGCACGGUGGUCGUUGAAACAGUAAAGGAUCUUAGAAAGUCAAUAUAUGACCUUACUUCGAUUCUUCUGAACAUGAGGAUGGCAGUAGGACAGCAGUCGUUGCAAAUAGAUAGGUUAGACUUCUACUUUGAUUCGAUAAACUUCUAUCUUGAAAGUACAAACAAUGAGUUAGAAAAGAUUCCUGCAACACACGGGAAACUCAAAGAUAAGAUUAUGUAUUCCAUGCUGGUGAUGUCAACGGUUCUUACGCUGAUGAGUCUUAUGAAAAUGGUUAGAAAUAGAUGA